CUCUCUUUUCAUUUUCUAAAAUUCUUUUAUACAGAAGAAAGAUGUCAGCCGAUGAUAAUCUUAUGACAGCAUUGAAUCAAUAUUUUGUUAGUUCUGGUGAAAAACAAAGGCUGCUGACUUUAUUGAAAGCAAGAUUAGCAGAAACAAGUUGGAACGAUAGUUAUUAUGCACAUUGUAGAGAUACCAUGCAAGAUCAUAAAAACAACUUCACUAUGGAUGAACUAAUACAAGAAACUUCAGAUUACGGCAAAAGUACUAUCAAUGAAUCGAUCAAGAAAGAACUGCUUGUACUUAUUAAAAAGUUCUUGACUGAUACUGUCUCUACCGCGACUACAACUGAUUGACAGCAAUAUUAUUCUUUUAUAUAUAUUCUUUUUUUUUUUUGGGCACCUAUACGCACAAAUGUACACAACGCACAUAUAUACAUAUAUACAUAUAAACAAACACGCACACACACACAUAUUGAUAUACUAUACAUAUUUUUU